AUGACCGACACCACCAUCCUCUACGGGCUCACAGCGCUGCCGGCCGACCAAGCGCUACAGAGGCCGAGAACGGGUAGUCCCUGUGCGAUGGAGAUGUCGUCGCUGCAGCCACCGCGGACGGCACUGGCAACGCGCGUGGCGGCGUAUGCAAAGUCGAAACUCGACCCGGACACCUACCGGCACAGCCAGCGCGUGUACAGCUACGGCUGCGCCAUUGCGCGGCAGUGUUUUCCCGAGUUUGGGCUGGCGCCGGACUCCGCGCUGGAGGAGACGUGGUUCCUGACGGCGAUGCUGCACGACAUCGGCACGAGCGCCGAGUUCUUGACCAACACGCGCCUCAGUUUCGAGUUCUGGGGCGCGUUCCAUGCCUUGCAGAUCUUGCAGAGGCCGGAUCUCACGGCCGUCCCGGGUGCCGCGCAGCAAGAGAGCGUGGCGCCGCAGGAGCAGGCAGAGAGUGUGGCCGAGGCCAUCAUCCGGCAUCAAGACAUCCAGGACAAAGGGAGCAUCACUUUGAUCACGCGCCUCAUUCACCUCGGCACCCUGCUCGACAAUAUUGGCGCCGGCGCCGAGUUGGUCCAUCCCCAGACCAUCGACAAUGUCGUGCGCCAGUACCCCCGGCCAGGCUGGAGCGGUUGUUUCAAGCACACCGUGCACAGAGAGAAGGACUUCAAGCCCUACGCCAUGGUCAGUCGCAUCGAAGGAUUCGAAGAACUCAUCGAGAAGAACGGCGCUGCCGGUGGACUAAUGGCCAAGUAUGACUGA